AUGCCCUGCGGGGUGUACACCCCCCGCUGCGGCUCGGGCCUGCGCUGCUACCCGCCCCGGGGGGUGGAGAAGCCCCUGCACACACUGAUGCACGGGCAAGGCGUGUGCAUGGAGCUGGCGGAGAUCGAGGCCAUCCAGGAAAGCCUGCAGCCCUCUGACAAGGAUGAGGGCGACCACCCCAACAACAGCUUCAGCCCCUGCAGUGCCCAUGACCGCAGGUGCCUGCAGAAACACUUCGCCAAAAUUCGAGACCGGAGCACCAGUGGGGGCAAGAUGAAGGUCAAUGGGGCACCCCGGGAGGAUGCCCGGCCUGUGCCCCAGGGCUCCUGCCAGAGCGAGCUGCACCGGGCCCUGGAGCGGCUGGCCGCUUCACAGAGCCGCACCCACGAGGACCUCUACAUCAUUCCCAUCCCCAACUGCGACCGCAACGGCAACUUCCACCCCAAGCAGUGUCACCCAGCUCUGGAUGGGCAGCGUGGCAAGUGCUGGUGUGUGGACCGGAAGACAGGGGUGAAGCUUCCGGGGGGCCUGGAGCCGAAGGGGGAGCUGGACUGCCACCAGCUGGCUGACAGCUUUCGAGAGUGAGGCCUGCCAGCAGGCCAGGGGCUCAGCGUCCCCUGCUACUCCCAUGCUCUGGAGGCUGCAGAGCUGACCCAGAGUGAAGUCUGAGUCUGAGUCCUGUCUCUGCCUGCAGCCCAGAAGUUUCCCUCAAGUGCACGUGUGCAUGUGUGCGUGUGUGUGCGUGUGUGUGUGUGUGUUUGUGAGCAUGGGUGUGCCCUUGGGGUAAGCCAGAGCCUGGGGUGUUCUCUUUGGUAUUACACAGCCCAAGAGGACUGAGAGUGGCACUUAGCCCAAGAGGUCUGAGCCCUGGUGUGUUUCCAGAUCGAUCCUGGAUUCACUCACUCACUCAUUCCUUCAUUCAUCCAGCCACCUAAAACCAUUUACUGACCACAUACUACAUGCCAGCUCCAGUUUUCAGCCUUGGGAGGUUUUAUUCUGACUUCCUCUGAUUUUGGCAUGUGGAGACACUCCUAUAAGGAGAGCUCAAGCCUGUGGGAGAAGAAAAAUCUCAUUCCCAGGGUCAGAGGAGAAGACACAUGUACCUUGACCAUCGUCCCUCCUCUCAAGCUAGUCAGAGGGUGGGAGCCUAAGGAAGCGUGGGGUAGCAGAUGGUGUAGUGGUCACGAGGUCCAGACCCACUCCCAAAGCUCGGACUUGCCAGGCUCCCUUUCUCUUCUUCCCCAGGUCCUUCCUUUAGGUCUGGUUGUUGCACCAUCUGCUUGGUUGGCUGGCAGCUGAGAGCCCUGCUGUGGGGGAGGGAAGGGGUCAAACUUGAAGCACAGAGGGCUAGGGAGGUGGGGUGCAUUUCUUUGAGCAGUCAGGGUGGGAAGAAAGAAUGCAAGAGUGGACUGAAUGUGCCUAAUGGAGAAGACCCACGUGCUAGGGGAUGAGGGGCUUCCUGGGUCCUGUUCCCUACCCCAUUUGUGGUCACAGCCAUGAAGUCACCGGGAUGACCCUGUCCUUCCAGUGGCUCAGUCCCUGUGGCUCUG